UCAUUUUAAUACCAGCCUGAAUCAAACCAACCCGACCCGAAUUGAAACUGUUGAAGGUCAUUCCUUCUCAACUUCUCAUCUUCUGAAAAACUGUGGAUUGUGAUUAGAAACCCUAAACCCGCGAUCAAAGAAUGGCGACGGUGGAGGUGAGAAAGAGCACAACCGAAUCAGGGAGAGAAGAUAGCUGUUCAGCGAAGCCGAUGAAGCAAGGUGAAGGCCUGAAGCAGUACUACAUGCAGCACAUCCACGAUCUCCAACUCCAAGUCCGCCAAAAGGGUCAUAAUCUCAAUCGGCUCGAAGCCCAGCGUAACGAGCUCAAUUCUAAAGUGAGAAUGUUGAAGGAAGAGUUACAACUGCUUCAGGAGCCUGGAUCUUAUGUCGGUGAAGUUGUCAAAGUGAUGGGGAAGUCAAAAGUUUUGGUUAAAGUACAUCCUGAAGGCAAAUAUGUUGUUGACAUUGAUAAGAGCAUUGACAUAACAAAGAUUACUCCAUCAACCAGGGUUGCUCUUCGCAACGAUAGCUAUGUUCUCCAUUUGAUUUUACCUAGCAAAGUGGAUCCUUUAGUCAACCUUAUGAAAGUUGAAAAAGUUCCUGAUUCUACUUAUGAUAUGAUUGGUGGUCUUGAUCAACAAAUCAAGGAGAUUAAGGAGGUUAUUGAGCUUCCUAUUAAACACCCUGAAUUAUUUGAGAGUCUUGGAAUUGCCCAACCAAAGGGAGUACUGCUUUAUGGACCUCCAGGAACUGGGAAAACACUGUUGGCAAGAGCUGUUGCACAUCAUACUGAUUGUACCUUCAUUAGGGUUUCUGGCUCUGAACUAGUGCAAAAAUAUAUUGGAGAAGGCUCUCGAAUGGUGAGAGAACUUUUUGUAAUGGCCAGAGAACAUGCUCCGUCUAUUAUAUUUAUGGAUGAAAUUGAUAGCAUUGGGUCAGCUAGAAUGGAAUCAGGAAGUGGGAAUGGUGACAGUGAAGUGCAACGCACAAUGCUUGAGCUCCUUAACCAGCUUGAUGGAUUUGAGGCAUCAAACAAGAUCAAGGUAUUGAUGGCCACAAACCGUAUAGAUAUUCUGGAUCAGGCCCUUCUCAGACCAGGAAGAAUUGACCGAAAAAUUGAAUUUCCAAAUCCGAAUGAAGAGUCUCGCUGGGAUAUCUUGAAGAUUCAUUCUAGGAAAAUGAACUUGAUGCGUGGGAUUGAUCUAAAGAAGAUAGCAGAAAAGAUGAAUGGUGCUUCUGGUGCCGAACUUAAGGCUGUUUGUACUGAAGCGGGGAUGUUUGCUCUACGAGAAAGGAGGGUCCACGUGACACAGGAAGAUUUUGAGAUGGCAGUGGCGAAGGUGAUGAAGAAGGAUACAGAGAAGAACAUGUCAUUGCGCAAGCUAUGGAAGUAAGUAAUUGAGACGUAGGUCGUCCCAGUUGUCAUCUGGCAACACCGAAUGCUUGCUAGUUUUUGAGUCAGACUUGGAAGAAAUUGUGUAUGUUUUUACGAUGCAUAACGCACGAAUGUACCCGUCCUAUUAAAUACAGUUUUACACUUCUUGUUAACUGCUCACAAAACAAUCAAAACGUUACGCAAA